UAAUAGCUCUGUCAUGUGAUGGAGAGCAGUUGUAAGACAGGUCGCCCAGGCUCUCUCGCUCGCAGUGAGGGGCACUUCCCUGCAUGAGAGCUGAAAGCUGGAGCCGCUCGGAUCUUUCCCGUCAUCCUUUUGAUUUUGGGUUUUUUUUACGCCCCCUUUUUUUUUGUUUCUGAUUUUUUUUUUUUUAAGACACACGUUUUUCUCUCGCAACCGUCAUUCAGGGGCUGGAUGGCGUGGGACAGGUGCAACCAGGACGCGGUGUGGAGAGAACUAGAGUGCGCUGCCUUGGUUGGGGAAGAUCAACCCCUGUGCCCUGACUUGCCUGAACUGGACCUCUCCGAGCUGGAUGUCAGCGACCUGGAUGCGGAUAGCUUUCUGGGUGGACUCAAGUGGUACAGCGACCAAUCAGAAAUCAUUUCCAGCCAGUAUGGCAACGAAUCAUCCAACCUGUUCGAGAAGAUAGAUGAGGAAAAUGAGGCCAACUUGCUGGCAGUGCUCACAGAAACCCUGGACAGUAUCCCGGUGGACGAGGACGGAUUGCCUUCGUUCGAGGCCCUGGCAGAUGGGGACGUGACCAACGCCAGCGAUCAGAGCUGUCCCUCCACCCCUGACGGCUCGCCACGCACCCCAGAGCCAGAGGAGCCCUCCCUGCUGAAGAAGCUCCUCCUGGCUCCCCCUAACUCCCAGCUCAGCUAUAAUCAAUACCCAGGUGGCAAGGCACAGAACCAUGCAGCCAGCAACCACAGGAUCAGACCAACACCUGCUGUUACCAAGACGGAAAACCCCUGGAACAGCAAACAAAGAGGGGUCUGUCCCCAGCCAAACCGGCUGGUGAGACGCCCUUGCACAGAGCUGCUCAAGUACCUCACCGCCAGCGACGAUGCCUUCCAGACGAGAGCCAACGAAGCCAAGAGCACCUGGUCAGGCUGCGGCAAGGACCGGGGUGGGCCUGGUACCUCGUCCUGCUCGUCCUCUUCCUCUCCGUCCUCCUCAUCCACAUCCUCCUUCUCCUCUCUGUCCUCUUGCUCCUCUUCUACUGCCUCAAAGAAGAAGACCUCCUCGGCCUCCCUGUCGUCGCAACAGCAGCAGCAACAGCAGCAGCUGGCAGCGCAGGCCCAGAGAGGUGAGAGCCAGACAGCUGGAGCGUGUAGUGUGGCUGGUGAGGGGGCAGGGCAAUGGCGGCCGCGUACACACGGGGAGCACUCCGCCCCUAUUGUGCCUUCCCGCGGAAGUGGCUGUGGCCAUGCCUGGUCCGGUGAAGAGGGGAGGCCGCCGGGCCUGCAGCCGAGUGCAGACACAGGCAGCCUGGCCGCCGCCCGCUUCAUUAGGUACAUGCACUCUUACUCUCUCCCGCCUAGAGAGACGGGUCGCGCAGGCAGCUGUGGCCGUUGUCUUGAGGCGGGCGGCUGGGCUGGGGCCAGUCGUGCCGAGAGGCACAUCAGGUUAACCAUUAGGAAGAGGAGGCAAGAGCAGGAGCAUCCCAUGCUCAGCAAGCUGCUGACCUCCAGGCCCAGGCCAGCCCGUUACCGGGCCCACCUGCAGAUGCCCAGUGUACCCCAGACAUCAGGCAGGCAAAGCCCACCCGCAAUGACUCCUAAAGACAAAGGGUGGGAUUGGCACAUAGGGAAAGACAGAGAGGAACUGCAGAAUAACAAACCUGUUCCAGACCUCCUAGAUCCUUAUAAGGCCGACCCACCAGAGCCCGGGCUUGAGCUUUCGCGACUGGUUGACCUGGACUUAGAAAGUUGGUUACAGAAAUUAGAGCAGGAGACAGAGGGGUCAAAAGACAAAGAGGGGCAAAACGGGGUGGAUGUUCAUGAUGAUGACAUUUUAGGUGGCCCUGUGUCAUUCCCAUGGGUCUCACCAAGACCACUCUUUCCAGACGCUUUAGUUCCAGAGCACACCCCCUCCGCCACACAAGGGCAGAACCCACACAAACAGGCACUCUGCAAGCCCCCUGAUGACCAGGUUCCACCACCGUUAGCCAAACCAACCACCUUGCCACUUCCUUUGACCCCAGAGUCUCCAAAUGACCACAAAGGAUCUCCAUUUGAGAACAAGACCAUUGAACGCACACUGAGUGUGGAGAUCUCUGGAACCCCAGGUCUGACACCACCUACCACGCCUCCUCACAAAGCCAGUCAAGAGAACCCUUUCAAAGUAUCACUCAAAACCAAGCUGUCUUCAUGCUCCUCUUCAGCCCUGACGAGCAAGAGGGCCAAGCUGAGCAAUGGAGGCCCUUUCCCUCAGCCAUCCAGUGGCUCCAGCAGGAAGGGCCCAGAGCAGACUGAGCUUUAUGCCCAGCUGAGCAAGGCUUCCUCUGCCUUGCCUCUGGGAGGCUCAGAGGAGUGUCGGGGCAAACGGCCCACGCCCCGUGUCUUUGGCGAUCAUGACUAUUGCCAGUCUGCCAGCACAAAACGAGACGGCAGCUCCACAGCUACUGCACUAACUGGGCCGCUGGAGGGCCGGCAUGUAGAAUGUAAAGACUCAGCCAUGCCGUCCUCUUCUGUUCCUACAUCCACUUCGUCUUCCGCUUCUCCUUCGUCUUCCUCUCUGGCUAGGCAGCUGCAGGGCCUUCCCCCUACCGUCCAGGAGGCUUGCCCGGACAAGGAGGUUCACAGCCCCACACUGGAUGCCAAAACUUCAGCAGAGAGCAACUCUGCUGGCAGGAAGUUGCUGCGAGACCAGGAGAUACGGGACGAGCUCAACAAGCACUUUGGUAAACCCCAGGAAGCCUUCUAUAACGAGGCUGAUCAGAAAGGAUCUCAGCCACUAGAAGAAAGCGACUCCGGGGACGAAAACUAUAACCCUUUCGGGGACUACGCGCACACGGCUUUGCCCGACUUUGAGGACCUAGAGGUGUGCCGUGAACGUCUUCUCUGCUCGUGGGAAGGGACGCCACUGGAACUUCUCUUCGAACGCUCGCCCUCCUGCUCCCCAUCCAACAGCUCACCCUCUCGGAGCUCCGUCUCGCCACCUUCGACCAUGCUCUCUCCACUGCACUUCCGCUGGCCCCAGUAUGGGUCUCGCUCCAGGUCCCGCUCCAGGUCUUCCUCCCACCACAGGCGUAGAUCCCUCUCCAGGUCUCCUUACUCCCGUUCCCAGUCUCCGGCCAGCCGCUCUCCUUCUUGGUCUCGUCACACUGUUGACAACAGCACUUUUAAAUCAAGGACACGCAGAAGCCCUCAGUCCCAAUCUCAUUCUACUCUUGGUCGGAGGCCCAGGUACAACAGCUAUGAGGAAUACCAGCAUGAGCAGCUGAGGAGGGAGGAGUAUCAGCGGGACUACGAGAAACGGGAGGGUGAGAGGGCUGAACAGAGAGAGCGACAACGAAAAAAAGCAAUAGAGGAGAGGAGGGUGUUGUACGUGGGGCGUCUUCGCGCCGACAGCACACGCUCCGAGCUCAAGCGCCGCUUUGAAGUCUUCGGCGAGAUCGAGGAGUGCGCCAUCAACUUGAGACACGAUGGGGACAAUUUUGGCUUUAUCACCUACCGCUACACUUGUGACGCCUUCGCUGCCCUUGAGAAUGGACACACCUUGCGCAGGUCGAACGAGCCUCAGUUUGAGCUCUGCUUCGGUGGACAAAAGCAGUUCUUCAAAUCGAAUUACACAGACUUGGACUCCCACUCUGACGACUUUGAUCCGGCUUCUACUAAAAGCAAGUACGACUCCAUGGAUUUCGACAGCUUGUUGCGUGAGGCCCAGUGCAGCCUGAGAAGGUAACGAGCUCCAACACAGACCUGCUGGCUUACGAAGAGAGAGGGACUCCUCGUGUGAUACCUCACUGUUGUUUCAGUCCUCUGAAUUCUCUACUCUGAGACUACUAGAAGUUUUACACUCAGCGCGAGAGGAAAAAAAAGAGUCUAUAUUAAAAAAAAAAAAAACAAAGAGGGAAAAAUAUAAAUCUAAAAAUAUCUAUAUAUACAUAUAUGAAGAGAAAGAUAUAUAUGUGUAUAUCUAAAAGCAAAGUUUACAUGAACAUAGCUGCUGCAAAGCUGAGGUGAGACUUUUUACCUGUGGGGAUUAGCCAAUGAACCUUUAGAGGAGUGCACAGACGUGCGUGUACUGCUGUACUGCUGAAUGAGACUGAGGCGAUCUCCGCACCAAGUUUCUCCAUGCACUGCUCCGAUCUCAGCGCUUCGAGGAGCGGGGGGAAGAAAAAAAAAAACAAGGUGCAGCCUGUUCAGUCAGUUUUUAUUUUACUAUUAUUAUUAUUAUUAUUGUUAUUUUUCUGGCCUUUUUUAUUUAACCUGGUAUUUGGAUGUGGUGUUACACUAUUGUUAAGAGUAUGGGAUUAAAAAUCUUGGGUAUUCAAGAUGAUAUUGUCUACAUUUUUGGGGGGAAAAAUAAUGUAGUGAGAUAUUUACAGAUAUUAUUAAAUGGAAUAUUUUUAUUUUCUGUACAUAUCAAGGCAAAAGUUCUUUAUUUGUUACAGCUAUGCACUGUAAAAUGCAGCCUUUUUAAGAUGAAAUUUUCUUAAUUGAGAAUGUCAAUCUGUAGUCAUUACAAUGAUGAUGAUGAUGUAUAACCAACAUGGCGUCGGUUAGGUUAGGUGACGUGAUAUGAUUGUAAAAACAUGAAUGGUUUGAGAUUGGUUGCUCUGGGGGAGCUGGGGGGAGCAUGCGAACAGAUUUUUUAUUUUUUCAAGGUUUUUUUUAUGUUUUUUUUUUUUUUUCGUUUAAAAUGUCAUGUCAUAAAUGCAUUGAUUUGAUUUAAAGCUAUCUCAGUGUUUUAUUUUCUUAUAUGACAUAUUGUAUAUUUUAAAUGUUUUUAUCUCAAACACUGUACAAAACAAUAUCCCAAGAUUUUUUUUUUUUUUUUUAAGGAAUCAGUAAGACUUUAAUCCAUUUCUCUGUGCACAACAAUCAUUUUUAUUACUUUUUAAAAAUUUUGUUAUAAAAUUUACUUUCACUAAGAGGUGAUUGCUCUUCCUCUAACACAGAGAGAGAAAUGUUCUCUCAUGUUCUCAUUUUUAUUUUUUUUUUCAUGAGGAAAAGAUGUAUUUAUUUCAGUAUUCUGAUCAAAAUAUUUAUGGUUGCCGUCGAAUAUGAUGCGCAAUUUAAAUUUAUUUGCUAUUUAUAUUGUUAUUUGAUUUGUUAUUUAACAUUCGCUGACAAAGAUGUACAAGUAAAUGUUCUGUCGAGAUAUCAUUUCUUUCUAUCAUUAUUUUCUAUGCCUUUUAAAAACAAACAAACAAACAAACAGACAUUAAGAAACACUAGGCACAUACUGAACUCAUAAUGCACAUAAUACUGUUCUACAGUGAUAAUUAUUUAAAAGGAAAAAAUAUAUAUAUAUUUCUUUGUCAAACAGGUGGUUUGCAGCCACAUCAGAUCCACAUCCUCUGUUUCUUUUUUCUUUUUGCAACACAUAAAGCAAUAAACUCAUUUAGCAGGUAUUUUAUAUCAUACACGGUCUGUCUCGUUGCUCCUCACAUGCUUGGUUAUGUGAAUGCCAAACUAAAGUUUACAAUUUCCUUUCCUGACUUUUUUUAAAAUCUUGUAUUUGAUGUAAAAGAAAAAAACAAAAGAUCUAUAUAUAAAAUACUAAUCUUCACAUUAUUCACAAUAAUAAUUAUACAAAAAAAUGAACAAUAAUAAUGAAAGACAAAAAUGUGUAUAAAAAAAGGUAAAAAUAAAAAGCAAUAAAUUAUUUUUCGAAGGUGUAUUUUAGCUCAUGUUGUUGUACGGUUGAUGACCUGACCUGAUACCCAGACUCUGUGGAAACGUGGAGAAAAGGAUUCAUUCCAGUGUCUUAGUACUACCAUACGUCACGCUGUCACACUGAGAAAACAUGCUCCUGUGUGGGUACUGCUUCAUACAUUUAUAUUUACAUACAUUCAUUUGGAUGUGUGCGUCCUUUAGAAGAAGAGAAACAUAUACCACACUCUCACUGACCUAAAGUGAAAUAUACUAUUUACGUAUGUAUUUACAUAUUUCUAUUGAACAUACUACUUGUUCUGGUUGUCACAUGAAGCCAGUCCAGCAGAUUACAGAUUAGUGGCAGAUUACAGUUUUCUACAGUUAAAGUUACACUAAAUUUGAAUUUGAAUGACUUGUACUAUUCCAGUACUAAUGUAAGAGGAACUGUAAAGAUGUCCAAAUGUACAGCUCUGGAAAAAAAGAGAACACUUAAAAAUGAUGAGUUUCUUUGAUUUUACCAAAUUGAAAACAGAUAGAAUAUAAUCAAGAGGAAGAUGGAUGAUCACAAGCCCUCAAACCAAACUGAACUGCUUGAAUUUUUGUACAAGGAGUGGCAUAAAAUUAUCCAAAAGCAGUGUGUCAGACUGGUGGAGGAGAACAUGCCAAGAUGCAUGAAAACUGUAAUUAAAAACAAGGGUUAUUCCACCAAAUAUUGAUUUCUAAACUCUUAAAACUUUAUGAAUGUGAACUUGUUUUUUUUGACAAUGACAAUAAUUUUAAUUGGAAUUCGGGAGGAAUGUUGUCUGUAGUUUAUAGAAUAAAACAUCAAUGUUCAUUUUACUCAAACGUAUACAUAUAUAGCGCAAAAUCAAAGAAACUGAUUCAGAAACUGAAGUUGUUUCUUAAUUUUUUCCAGAGCUGUUCCCGUAAUCAACGUAACUUUUCUGCUUCUACUUCAAUUAAUAUCCAGUUUAUAGUGAGAGUAAUAAGAAUGCCAGUCUCUCUCUCUUUCUCUUCCUUUUUUUGUGUUGAAUUUCUAUCAGCAGACCACACAACACCUUUCAUGAUGUAUGAAGAUGAAAGUAUAGAUGAAACUGCAUCUGCAUCUGUGAGAAGAGGCAAUAUCAGACGGGCGAGAAAAAGCCCUCCUUUCUUUGUUCUUUCUCUAGUGUUUUAUUUUUUUCUUUCAGCACAGAGCUUGGGUAACGGUGUCACGUCCAAUUUGAUAUGUGGCUUUAAUCAUUGUGAUAUAACGGAGAAAAAAAAAUGCUUUGUAAAUUGCUAGAGUAGCAAUAUAUUACAAUCCCCGGCGGGGUUUUUUUUCAACUGUGUGGCGGAGUUUUUACUAAUGUGAACUACUGAGGGAUUUGCCACUACUGUAUACAUUUGUACGUGGAUGAUCAUGUUUCUUUUGGAGGGACGAGAGGUGCGUGUUUGUUUGUGCGUGUGUUGAAUGAGAGCGUAUGUGGUGAGUGGUUCUAGUGGUUAUAUGGAGGGUUGAAGGGGGGAGGGGUUGUUGUUACCUUUCUUUCUUUCUUUCUUUCUUUCUUGUUUUUUUUUUUUUUUCGUCUCCUAUCCAUGUUGCCUUCUGCUGAGUCCUUACCAAUGCCUUUGUGGUUCUACCUAUUGUACUUCUAUCUUUCUUGUGAACUUUUUUUUUUUUUAAUGUGCAAUUCUCAUCAGCCUCACCAUGCCAAUAAAGGGAAAUGUGUUUCAAAGAAACACAACUGGAUAACCCCUAA